AUGUUUCAAAGAUUAGUCUUCCUUCUCAUCGCUCUUCUGAUUCAAUCUUCUUUCCUUCUUGAGGCUUCCUCUGCUCUCAAGGAAGGAAAGACAUGCAUUCUAAACAAGAACUGUGAUGCUGGACUACACUGUGAAACAUGUCUAGCCAACAAUAACCUGAGACCCAGAUGCUCUCGCAUUCAACCCAUCAAUCCCAUCUCAAAGGUAAAGGGCUUGCCUUUCAACAAGUACUCAUGGUUAACAACACACAACUCGUUUGCUCGGUUGGGUGAAGUAUCAAAGACCGGUUCUGUGAUCUUGGCUCCUACCAAUCAACAAGAUUCAAUCACAAGCCAACUCACUAACGGUGUAAGAGGGUUUAUGCUCGACAUGUACGACUUCGAAAACGAUGUCUGGCUUUGUCAUUCUUUCGAUGGGAUGUGUUUUAAUUUCACGGCUUUUCAACCGGCGGUAAACGUUCUAAGGGAGAUUCAAGUGUUUCUAGAGAAUAACAAGGACGAAGUUGUAACGAUUAUUAUAGAAGACUAUGUGAAAUCUCCCAAGGGUUUAACAAGAGUGUUUAACACGGCAGGGUUACAAAAGUUCAUGUUUCCGGUUAGUAGAAUGCCCAAAAAUGGAGGAGAUUGGCCAACUCUUGACGACAUGAUACGACAAAACCAAAGGUUGCUAGUUUUUACAUCUGAUAGAAGUAAAGAAGCAACCGAAGGAAUCGCAUAUCAGUGGAAGUAUAUGGUUGAGAAUCAAUAUGGAAAUGGAGGGUUGAAAGCAGGAGCGUGUCCAAACAGAGCUCAAUCAGCACCGAUGAGCGAUAAAUCGAAAUCUCUUGUUUUUGCUAACCAUUUUCCAGAUGCACCUGAUUUUGUAGUAGCAUGUAAACAAAACUCUGCUCCUCUGCUUGAAUCUAUCAAGGCAUGUUACCAAGCCGCGGGACAAAGAUGGCCUAACUUCAUAGCAGUCGAUUUCUACAAGAGAAGUGAUGGAGGAGGGGCUCCGCAAGCUGUUGAUGUUACUAAUGGCAAUUUGAUAUGCGGUUGCGAUAAUUUUGCUGCGUGCAAGGCGAACGGGCAGUGUGGAUAAGAGGACAAACUGAGCAACCGGAGACAACUCGCAUGACUCGUUGAUUUACCCAUCAAAGAUGUUGACUUUCUGAGCCACUUGACUUUUCAGUGUACUGCUUAGGUGAUUGAUAUGUUCCAUUAUCCUAAAAUUUCCUAAUCUUAGACGAACCAAUCACUAAACAAUAUGUCUAUAUGACACAAGUAAAUGAAUGUGAAACACUAUUAUUUCUUCAGAGUAUUUUAGCAAUGAGAUUUAUGUCUUAAUUUGUAGGUUUUUUUUUGUGAAAGGGCGUUUUAUAAUAGCUGAG